AUCCCAAGUGCAGCAGCAGACUUGUCAGAGCCCCGAGCCCGCGCGGAGGAAGGACGUUCUUAGACUUGGAGAUUUAAGACUUCAGGACUUUGGACGAAUUUGCCAGCCUUUGACCCUGGCUCUGUAAGAAGUGCUUCAAUGCUGAAGAUGGAGCCUCUGAACAGCACGGACCCCAGCACCGCAGCCCCCAGCAGCCCCCUCGAGUUGCAUGUGCCCGCCAGUGGCAGUGGCAACGGCAAUGAAUACUUCUACGUUCUGGUUGUUAUGUCCUUCUACGGCAUUUUCUUGAUGGGGAUCAUGCUGGGGUACAUGAAAUCCAAGAGGCGGGAGAAGAAGUCCAGCCUGCUGCUGCUGUACAAAGACGAAGAGAGGCUCUGGGGGGAGGCCAUGAAGCCGCUGCCCGUGGUGUCCGGCCUGAGGUCGGUGCAGGUGCCCAUGAUGCUGAACAUGCUGCAGGAGAGCGUGGCGCCCGCCCUGUCCUGCACCCUCUGCUCCAUGGAAGGAGACAGCGUGAGCUCCGAAUCCUCCUCCCCGGACGUGCACCUCACCAUCCAGGAGGAGGGGGCGGAUGACGAGCUGGGGGAGACUUCGGAGACGCCUCUUAAUGAAAGCAGCGAAGGGUCCUCGGAGAACAUCCAUCAGAAUUCCUAGCACCUCCAGGGCCUCUGGAGGUGGCCCCAUCAGCCAGCACCCUUAGAGAGAGGAAGGACACUUUUCGUGUCUGGUUUCACUUUUCAGUGCAGCUGCCACUUUGAAGAGACCCUUGGCAAGCCCCUGAAUGGGGGGUGGUGGGGCACAAGGCUCAGCUGGAGCUGGUAGCAGCCAGGAAUCCAUGACAUGCCUGUGGUGUGACCCACCACUGAAAAAGCCCCAAAGGCGUGCAGUGUGUACAUUGACUUUUGGUCGCGGGGGUUGGGGCUCCUGUUCAGAAUUUGGCAGGUCCACGUGCUCACUGUUGUUUCCUCACUGGAUGCCCUGGGUGCCUCCUGCCCCAUCUUCACACUCCCAGGGCUGCCAAAUGCCUAGGACACGCAGAGGGAGUAAUUUUGAUUUGCUAAGUUGCCUAGAACCUUGUUCUUCUAGAUCUGAUUGGCUGUAAGUACCUCUCCUGUGUACCUAGGUCAUUAAUUCACAGCAGGUUUCUUGGGAGAGUUCCAGGGGGAAAUUUGAUGGAAGACUUUUGAUGGGAGAAAGCUGGAGAUCUGAACCUGGCCCGUUUGCAUACUGUAAGGAAAAAACUGCAACUUUUAAACCUGUUAGCAUUGGCUGGGAUUAAGAGACAUAAUCUGCUAUUUUGACUUUUUAUGUAACCCAUGACUUUGAACUCUGACCUGGGACCAUCCAGCAUCACAUGCUGGCAUGACAUUUUUUUGGUUGGAAGGGCUUCCCCAGAAUCUAGCCUGCACUCUGAAUGGCUAUGCAGGGGACUCUUCCUGAUCUUUCUAGAAGGGGUGAUGGUGGGGUUGAACAAGGCCAAACCAUUAGCUCUGCUGCUGCUCAUUUUCCCAGCCUCAUUUUCUGAGCUGGGAGAGGACAUCCUGGGGGCCUCCACGAUAUGGCAUUUCGUCACGUAGCUGAGACCUAGAGGGCAUGUCAGGCGGAGAUUGCACAAAACUGGGGUCCAAUUCUGUGUUUCCUGAUCCCGAGCCCUGACACUGAUUUGCUGUGUGGUCCUGGGCAUGUCACCAAGAGGCUCACUGCCUUCAUGAGACUCCUGGUAAGCUAGAUCCCCAGGGGGCUGGGAGGAUGUCUUUAGAUUUUAAGACUCUGUGAUAAAUUCUGCCUGGCCUGGUGUGAGGAAGCUUGGACAAAACAUUUCCUCCUUGGCCAUUUAGUCUGAAAAAGGAUCUGCUUAUUUAAAGGAGCAGUUGGAGGCACAGAACACAUGUCGCUGGGAAAUUCGGGGCCAAUCACCAACCCAUCCCUGCUGCCAUUUUCCCAGCACUGAACCAAAGGCGCAAACACCACAUAUUACGUUGCAAAUUUCUCUAGGUGGUGGAAUGUUAAUAUUCCCACUAAGGCAAUGGGAAAUCUAAAAGAAAAUGCUCAAGAAUGCUUGCCAGUGUCUCCAUGUGUUCCUGUGGUCAAUAGCUUUGUAGCAGAUACUUCAGGCCCUUGAAGACAAGGAGAAAGAGAGAUGCACCAAAAGGUCACAUUUAAUUCUAGUAAAAACACAAAGCUUUUUUUUUAUUUUUAAACAUACCCUCCCUAGAUUGGAGACAGCAUUAACUACUGUUCCCAUGGAAGGGUUAACAGUGUAGGAGCUGGGUAAUCAGUUUGCCUUGACGCAGCGCUGGAGGAAAUUUGUCUGAGGGAAAAGGGCCCUCGUUCCCUUUAAAAUCAGAAUGUGGAUUUACUCCAAAGGGGGCUGUUUAAGGUGAAAGAAGCCAAGUUCAGUUUGGCCCCUUGCCUGGAAUCACUUGAAUUCUGAAACUUUACUGCGACGGACAUGUGCGUUGUCACAUUUUCCAUUGCUUAAUCCUGAAGUUUGGUGCAAGUCUAUCUGCGCCUAUUAAAAAGUGAUGUAUAUACUUCCUUCUUAUUCUAUUGAGUUGUAUAAAAUUGUCUUCUGUAUUUAACUGUUUGUAAUUUUCACAAUAUUUUUUAAUUUAAAUAAACAAACACAUU